AUGGGCUACAUCGGCGUCUCCCUCAUCAUCGCAUCCUUCGUCUGGGUCCUCGUUGCCCCUCCGCCAUGGAUGCACCCCUUCAUGCCGCCCUUCCUCCUAUCCUGGAGACACGCAAAGCCCCCGCCCGCCCUGCCGCCGCCCCCGACCACCCGAUCAAAGUCUCCGCCGCGAGAUAAGGCGGACGGUAAUGCACCCGUGUCCUCGUCAAAGGACCAACGCGAUGCAGCAGCAGCAGCAGCAGCCCCGCCGUCCAUCAACUUCCCCGAGGAAGCCGACUCGUCGGUAUCGGCACCGGCAAAGGCAAAGGCCUCCCUCGACAGCCUCGCCAUGCCGCCUCCCCCAGUCAUCCGCCGCCCGAACCCUACCCCCGCGCCAACGAUAGCUGAGCCCGAGUCCGAGGAACAAACAACACCCAAAGCGAAGCCUUCCGCCCCGGCGCAGACAGUCCCCUCCUUCUCCCUCGACGCACCGUCAACGGGCCUCUCAACGGGCGCAAACUCCCUCCCGGGGCGAGGCAGCAUGCCUCCUCCUCCUCCGGCGCCGAGCGCCGCAAACAACACGAUGAUGCCUCCCCCGGCACCCCGCGGCCCAGUGCCCCCUCGCCUCGCCGCCUUCCCGGCCAUGAACUCCCCGCAGCGCGCGCGGCCAGUCCCCAACCGCGGCCCCGCCGCCUCGUCUUCCUCCUCGCUUGCGCCGCCUCCUACGCAAACCGUCAAACCCUCCAAGCCGACCCGCAAAGUCAUCCUGACGCCGGGACACUCUCCCCUCGACUGGGCGCGCAUAUCCGGCCCCAACGCCGACCUGCGCAACCUUCCCCCCUCGACGCCGUACCUGAAAGUCACGCCGUCGAUGCUGAAGAAGAUGACGGGUCGCAAGGGCAAGGACGCCUGGAUGGCGCUGGGGGGGAGGGUCUACAACAUCACGCCGUACCUCCCAUACCACCCUGCCGGCGAGCCCGAGCUGCUUCGCGGCGCCGGACGGGACGGCACAAAGCUGUUCGGAGAGGUGCACCCUUGGGUCAACUACGAGACGAUGCUUUCGGCGUGUUUGGUCGGGUUGUUGGUAGACGAGGAAGAGGGCUCGAAGCCGAGCGCAAUGGACGAGAUGGAUUAA